AUGGAGUGGACCAAGUGUUACGCGAAGCUAUCGGCCAAUCCGGACGACUUUGAGCAGUGGAAGAACCUGCUGGCUGCAUCGCAUUCGCUUGGAGGAGGUCUUAACAAGGGAACAGCAGAAAGUGAUGUGCAAUUGUUUCGAUUUUCUUACGACAACUUUUUGGAACGGUUCCCGCUGGCAUUUGGAUAUUGGAUCAAGUAUGCGGAGACAGAAUUCAUGCUUGGAAACACUGAGGGCGCGGAAACCGUGUUUGAGCGAGGAAUAGGAACCAACCAAGUUUCAGUGGAGCUCUGGGCAGCCUAUGCCCGGUUCAAAAUCCGAGUCUGUCACAAUGUGGACAAGAUGAGAGCAUUUCUGGAGCGAGCGGUGAGUCACGUGGGCAACCACUUCUACGCGCACUCCAUUUGGGACGUGUACGUGGAAUUUGAGAGACGCGAGGCAGAGAUUGCAACGGAAAACAAGCUGGCUCGACUGGCCGAGCUGCUGUCUCGAAUCAUUCGAAUCCCCAUGCAUCAGUACGCAAAGUACUUUGACUUGCUGCGCGACAUUUCGCGGCAACUCAAACCCGACGAGCUGGGCUGGAUUAAGAAGGGGAAGGACAAGAGCACCAACAACAUUUACGUCAGCACCCAGGCAGAGACCGCCCGAAGAUGGGCAUACGAACAGGCGUUCCCACGGCAGUAUUUUCAUGUGCUGUUCGUCAAGGAGGAGGAUCUGCAGGCAUGGAGACGAUAUCUCGAUUUCGAGGAGUCUGAGGGCAAUCUGGACCGAGUGAGAAUGCUGUACGAGCGAGCCAUCAUCGCCACUUCUCACAACGAGGAAAUAUGGUUGCGGUACAUUCGGUUCAUGCAGACUGUUUCUUCAUCUCUGCGAGUCCAUCGAGAGGAAGUCAGCACUCUGUUUAGACGAGCAUGUGCACUGCUUCCCAUUGGACGCCUGGAGGUGCGACAUCUCUAUGCUAUUCAUUGUGAGUCUCUUGGAGAACUGGCACUUGCUCACGACAUCUACAUGUCUAUUCUCGGGGCAUUCCCCAACUCCAUACAGACCAUUCUGCUCUUUGUCAACUUUGAGAGACGAUACGCAUACUCGCAGUUUCUAGCGCAGGGCAAGUCGGUCAAGAAGCAGGCAGCUGUCCACCAGGCUGUGCAGCUGUUGAUGCAGUAUCUGGACGACGAAAACAGUCUGCGCAACGUCGAAAAGUGCGAGAUUCUUCAGCUAUUGGUUGACUACUUGCAGGUAUUCCCUGGCCAGGCUCCCGCUAACGUAAGAGACAUCCUGUCGAGGUACGAGCCGGCGCUGAAGGAGGAAUACAGGUUUUGGAAACUGGCCAUGGAUUACGAAGUCGAACGAGUGCAUAAGCCCGUGAAGGAUGUGUCUGCCAUGUCUUUCCAGGAUACAUUGACAGAGCUCGCUGCUGAGGACGAAUCGCAGGCUCUGGCUGACGAGAAGACGAAGCGUCUGUCAGAUAUUGUCGACAAGGCUCUCGGGUCUCUAUUGCGUCUGGAAGACAAGCGGGCGCUUCUGAAACGGUUCCUUGCGUACUGCAUCGACCAAGCCUCCAAUGUCAAGGACUAUGAGAAGUACUCGGCAGUUUUGUAUAAUCUUGGAGGUGUUCAAACGACACCGCCUGCCGAGCCUCUCGACAAGCCAGGAGAUGCUGCUGUUAGCGCUGGUGCGGGUACCAGUACUACUACACCAGUGGCCGCAGAGUCCUAA